CGCAGAAACUCUUAUGGCCGUGACCGCUCUCAGGCUUCUCUCUGCUCUCACGCUUAUCUCUGAUAGAAGUCUGUGAUGUGAUCAUAGAAAAUGCAAUGUUGCCAUUUACCCACGCGCCAUUGUGACAUCCCGACUCCGACGUAGCAACGUGGCUACGACGGCGCGGCCUCGGCGCGUCCUCGGCAUUUUCACGUAGUAUUUUAUACGGUGCCGCGAAAACGAUGUGUGCACAGUGUCUGGACGUUCUGUAAAACACGGUGUGGAGCAUAUUGAUUCUAUAUUGCCGUAACGCACUUUCUUUAUUAUGAAUGACGUCAGACUUGUAUCGUAGAAGCUGCCUGUGUGGAUCUCUUCGUGCUAGAUCGCAAUUCACAUUUUUGUUGCUUACACUCUCUCUCAUUUUCACGUCUUGAUCAUCGUCUUUUUCACUGUAAACAGCUCGAGUCAUGACGAGAAUUCGAAAAAUUUGUUGCAUCGGAGCCGGUUAUGUGGGCGGACCAACGUGUAGCAUUAUCGCACUGAAAUGUCCGGAGAUAGAAGUAACCGUAAUCGAUAAGAAUAAAGAGAGAAUAGCACAAUGGAAUUCUCACAAGUUGCCAAUAUACGAACCAGGUUUGGACGAAGUAGUAAAAAAAUGUCGUGGAAAAAAUUUAUUUUUUUCCACCGAUAUUGAGACGGCAAUUAAAGAGGCUGAUCUAAUUUUUAUUUCGGUAAACACGCCAACAAAGACCUUUGGUAAUGGCAAAGGAAGAGCAGCAGAUUUAAAAUAUGUAGAGAAUGCUGCCAGAAUGAUCGCGGAAAUCGCAAUAGGCGAUAAGAUUGUCGUGGAGAAGAGUACUGUGCCAGUAAGAGCGGCUGAGAGUAUUAUGAAUAUCUUGCACGCUAAUCACAAGCCGGGCAAUUCCUACCAGAUACUUUCAAAUCCAGAAUUCCUAGCCGAAGGAACAGCUAUAGAAGAUCUGCUAAAUGCAGAUCGCGUGUUGAUCGGUGGAGAAGAUUCUCCUGAAGGACAAGCGGCUAUCGAAGAACUGUGCAAAGUUUACGAACAUUGGAUUCCUAGGGAAAAUAUUCUCACUACAAAUACUUGGAGCUCAGAACUGUCCAAACUUGCUGCAAACGCUUUUCUAGCGCAACGCAUCUCUAGUAUAAACUCCUUAUCGGCGGUAUGCGAAGCCACUGGUGCCGAUGUGUCAGAAGUUGCUCGAGCAGUCGGACUUGAUUCUCGUAUCGGUUCAAAGUUCCUACAUGCGUCAGUUGGAUUUGGCGGUUCCUGUUUUCAAAAAGAUAUUCUGAAUCUCGUGUACAUCUGCGAAUGUUUGAACUUACCUGAAGUAGCGGCGUAUUGGCAACAGGUGAUCGAUAUGAACGAAUAUCAGAAAUCAAGGUUUUCCGCGAAGGUCAUCGAGUCGCUUUUCAACACCGUAACGGACAAGAGAAUUGCUAUGCUAGGUUUUGCUUUCAAGAAAAAUACGGGAGACACGCGCGAAUCACCAGCGAUACAUGUUGCCAAGACUCUUCUGGAUGAAGGCGCCGUUCUUCACAUUUACGACCCCAAGGUCGAAGAAGCUCAGAUUAUUCAAGAUUUGACUCAUCCGAGUGUAACAAAUAAUCCCGAAAAUAUAGAAAAGCGUAUCAGUAUUUACAAGGAUGCUUAUAGCGCUACAAAAAAUACACACGCUAUAGUAUUAUGUACGGAAUGGGACGAAUUUAUCGAGCUGGAUUAUACGAAGAUUUAUACAGAUAUGAUGAAACCUGCUUAUAUUUUUGAUGGAAGAAAGAUUUUAAAUCACGAUCGACUACAACGAAUCGGCUUUGUUGUUCAGACUAUCGGAAAAAGGCUUGCGAGAUGUAAAAUUUCGAGAGCAUGGGGUAGCCAGACGCAAAUUUAAAAGAAGACAGACCAAUCUGAGAUCAAUACUUCUACUUCGAUGAUUAUCUAUAAUUUUAUCGAGAAGAUUGUUGAGAUUAUUCAAACAUAUUGACGCAUUUUUUUAAGUUCGAGAUGUCUCGUUUCCUAAUGAUACACAGACUGUGCAUCGUAACACUGUGUAAAUGUACAUUCCAGUCAGAAACGUAACUUCAAUUCAAGGUCGAUUCGACAUUGAUAUUAUCGCGCAAACACCGAAAGGAAAAGAUUCUCCCUUCCGUUUCUUCCUCUUGUCAUUUUUACGUAUACUCCGACUUCUAGUAGUACGUAUACAUGUAAAUGUACGUUCGUAAAGAUUUCGCGAUUCUCUGAAUAUGUUGUUCAUGAAUUAACGUAAUUACAUUGCGCAAUUAACAGGAAACUUAAUAGAAACAUAAUCGUCGAGAGACGAUUUCCGUAACACGUCGUAAAACGUUUAGAAAAAUUAAAAAAUAAAUCAAUUUGGACGAAAAUCCAAUUUGACUCAACCACUCAGACAAAUCGAAUCACCGUUGAAUCGACGUUAUUUCUGACUGGGAAGUGUUACUUUUGCGUUAAUAUAGAUUUGUACCCUCUUUCCUACAGUUAAUACAUAAUAUACUUAUAAUAUACUUAUGUAGCGUUAGGGGAGGAAGAGACAGUAUAUGAGAUAUAUGAAUGCUUCUUUUUAAACGGUUUAAUAUUAUAUAUGUUCAAGAAACACAUGUUUCAUUAUAUUUUUUUCAAUAUUUUAUUGAAUAUGUUAAAAGACCUUACUUGUACUUUGAAAAUAUAAAAAAAAGAUAAACGUACGCAAUGAAAUCAAAUAUUUAUAAAA